AGAUAACAGAUACACGUAUAGCUGUGAUAUUAAACUGCUGAGGAGCGUAAAGAAAAGGAACUCAGCUGCUGCUGAACAUUUGAUUCAUGGAAUGGUAGUAGAAAAACAAUACUGACUUCCACAUUGGUUUUGUUUUUAGUCUUCAAUUUUUUGGAAUAAAUUUAAGGGAAGCUAAUUAAUAUGGAAAGGAUUCCUAGUGCACAGCCACCUCCUUGUAUUGCAAAAUACCCAACACUGGAACCUACUGAUAUGCAGGGAAUGGAUAUUUCUUCUAUGUAUGUUUACAAACCUAGUAGGAGAGGAAUAAAGAGAACCGAGGAUAGUAAGGAAACAUAUAAAUUACCCCACAGACUUAUAGAAAAAAAAAGAAGAGAUAGGAUAAAUGAAUGUAUCGCUCAACUGAAGGAUCUUUUACCAGAACAUCUCAAACUUACAACUCUAGGUCAUUUGGAGAAAGCAGUUGUUCUUGAACUUACUUUAAAGCACUUGAAGACGCUAACUGCUGUAAUAGAACAACAACAACAAAAAAUACUUUCUCUUCAGAGUGGAUUAAAACCUGGUGACCCAGCAGUGAGAAGUGUUGAUUCCAGUCAAGAUAUGUUCUUUUCUGGUUUCCAGUUGUGUGCCAAAGAGGUACUCCAGUUCUUAGCACAGCAUGACAGUGGACGAGAUUUCAAACCUACGCACCUCAUUAACCACCUGCAUGAGGUAGUUUCUGAUGCCCUUCAAAGCGGAAGGAGCCUCAGGUCUGAGGAUUCUGCUACUGAUGCUAUGGACUUGCAAGAAAAAAACAGUUCCUUAUCCAAAACUGCUGAGGGCCAUGGAAGAAAUUGUGUUCCAGUCAUUCAGAGAACUUUUGCCCAUUUGAGUGGAGAACAGAGUGGCAGUGAUACUGAUACAGACAGUGGCUAUGGAGGUGAAUCCGAAAAGAGUGAUUCUAAGUCUGAAUGUCAGUAUUACACCCAGGAAAAUGAACUGCACUACUGUAUGCAAGAAAGAAUGAACUGUAUUAAACAAGAAAAAGAGGAUCCUCCAUUAAAGAGAGCCAGAGUAUGCUCCACCAAAAGUGAACCACAUCAUUCCAAUGAGCAUAUAGUACCACCUGCCAGUUUCUUGGGAUCGCACCAUCACCAGCCUCCUUUGUGCCUACCAUUUUACUUGAUACCUCCAUCUGCCACAGGCUAUUUGCCCAUGUUUGAAAAGUGUUGGUACCCAGCAUCAAUGCCUUUCUUAUAUUCGGGGCUGCCAGCAUCAGCUACAGCAAUGACAGGGUUAAUGCAUCCAGAUAAACUGCCAUCUCCUAUUAUGAUGCCUCCAAGAGGGGCUUCUCCAGUGUUGACCCAAAUACCUAUGGACUCCUCUGUACUGCUUCAAGCUUUGAAGCAGGUACCUCCACUAAACUUAGAGACCAAAGAGUAAGCACCGUCCAAAAACAAUGCAAGUGUUAAGAAACAGGACACGGGACAGGGCUAAGAUGCAAUGGCCUAGCUCAUAAGGUGGCAGGAGAAAUUCUGUGUUCUCUGUGCUGGUGAGAAAUACAGAUAGAGAGACUAGACAUGAAGUGUGUAUUAAGCUUGUCUACCAUUUCAUGUAAUGCAUUGUGUAGUAGAAUGGGAAAGUGACCUUUGCCAAUAUCUGCAGUAGAUAUUUAAAGUGAGCAUUUUUAAAUAACGCAGCAGGUACAGUCUGGGUCAUUUCAGGUUCUAGGCUGAGGAGGCAGUAUUGUGUGGAAUGCCUGAGGGAAUUUCUUAGGGUAAUGGUAAACUGCCAGUGAUGUUCAGAGGAACUGUAUGUUCCCCACCCAUUGCUGAAUGCCUCCUGAUAUUUGUAUAUCAUGCACUCUAGGCAUGGGCUAUAAUGAAUUGUAUCAGUUCCUAGUAAUGUGAGUCAUGCUUCAAGGCGGUAAUAAGGCACGUUCCAUCCUCUUGUACUGAAUGUUUAAAAAAUGUACAUGCUGCUUGAAGCGUUUUAUGCCGUAAGUGUAACCAAGGAAGACAUGUUUAUCUUCACAAGACAAAUUGCUGAGGAAGUUGUCUUCCCCCAGUAUGUUGCACAGAAUUCUGUAUGUUUUUUUAACUACUAUGUAUGUGUUUCUUGGGUCUGUUGAGUGUCAAAGAAGAACUCUUAAAGGGCAAUGUUGGUGGUAAAUGCAAAGGAUGGUGAUUAACACUGCAAGUGUGUAACACAAGGAGGGCAACAUUAGACAUAAUGUUAGGCAUUUUGCAUCGUCAGGAUAUAACCUAUGACCAUACUUUUGAAAAUCAUAGUAUAUAUUUUAAAAGUUGAUGCCAGAAUAUGAGUAACACAGCUGCUGAGUUUGUUGCCUUUUUGUUUAAAUUUCACACUUAAUGAACUUUAGUCCAGGUUUAAGUUGCUGUUUAACUUUUUUAUUUCAUAUGGUAUAUCCUGUAUAAUAUCACUGCAAAGGAAGAGAGAGGAGUCAGUUUUCACUGCACUGGCCCUGAUUUUAUGUUUAAAGAAUUUCAUCUAAUGUGAAUCUGCUCAGAGACUGCUCUUAAGGAAUGUUUUAAUACAAUUCAUCUACCACUGACCUGCCUUUUAAAUGCACUAUGCUUGAUUGCGGAUUAUGUAAAGUAAUUUUAUAGGGUACAGUGUUGCCUUUAUUUGUAAAACUAGUAUGUAAAAAUGUUAAAUGGUUAUAAUCUUUAUUUGUACAAAUAUUGGAUUAUGAAGAAGAGAGACCUUUGAAUGUACUAAUGUUUUUGAAAAGAAAUUUUGUAUGGGAAGAGGUACACAGUUUAUAUUUUAAAAUCAUAAAGCAUGAUAUAUGUGAAUAUUUUGUCUACGUAUAUGUUGAUGGUUAUAAGUAAAUAAAAUUUAUCUUUUUAUUUGAGGAAA